AUGUCCAACCGUCAGAUUAUUCAAGUCUUUGAAGAGUACCAAAAGUCUCGUGUGAAGUUUGUGCAGACGGUGGCGGAUUUAGCCUCCAAGCCGCAGCAUAUUGAUGCCCUUCAGCAGGCUGGUGUAAUGCAGUUACUGCGGCCCCUCCUCUUAGACACCGUUCCCUCCAUUCAACAAUCCGCCGCAUUGGCGCUUGGCCGCCUGGCGAACUAUAAUGAGGAGCUCGCUGAGAAUGUGGUCUCGGGCGAUAUUUUGGCCCAGUUGGUCUACUCCCUUGGCGAUCAAAGCCGAUUCUACAAGAAGUCUGCUGCCUUUGUGCUGCGCAGUGUGGCGCGCCAUAAUGCCCAACUCGCCCAGGCCGUUGUGGACAGUCAGGCGGUGGAGGCCCUCGUCGGGUGUCUGGAGGAGUUCGACCCCACCGUGAAGGAGAGCGCCGCCUGGGCGCUGGGCUACGUGGCCCGCCAUAAUGCCCAACUCGCCCAGGAGGUGGUCGACAAGGGCGCCAUUCCGCCGCUGGUGCUGUGCGUGCAGGAGCCGGAGCUUUCACUGAAGCGCACCGCCGCCGCGACGCUGUCGGAUAUUGCGAAACACUUGCCGGAACUCGCGCAGGCGGUGGUGGAUCAGGACGCCGUCACGCACCUCGCCCCACUCAUCACGAGUAAUGACAACAAACUGCGGCGGCAGGUCUGUCAGUGUCUCGCGCAGAUUGCCAAACACAGUGUGGAGUUGGCGGAGCUGGUGGUGGAGGGGGAAAUCUUUCCCAAGAUCUUCACACUCCUCAAGGAUAGCGAUGAGGUGGUGCGGAAGAAUGCCGCCACGUGUAUUCGUGAGAUUGCGAAACACACACCGGAGUUGGCACAACUCGUCGUGAAUGCCGGCGGUGUUGGGGCACUUGUGGAUUACACCAGCGAAUCCCGCGGGGCCGCACGUCUGCCGGGCAUCAUGACACUUGGUUACAUCGCCGCCUUCUCGGAGACACUCGCCCUUGCGGUGAUUGUCGCCCGCGGCAUCACUCCACUCGCCGACGCUCUUGAGCGGGAGGCGGAAGAUCACAUUAAGGCCGCCGCCGCCUGGUCACUCGGGCAGAUUGGGAGACACAGCGCCGAUCACGCAAAGGCCGUCGCCGAUUGUAAUGUACUGCCAAAAUUGUUAGAUGUGUAUUUAAGUCCUAAUAGCUCAGAUGAUUUACGUACAAAGAGUAAACGGGCAUUGAAGAAUAUUAUUCAACGAUGUGUGCAACUACCAGCAUUGGAACCACUUCUUCACCCAGAUGCUCCACAAAAUAUUCUUAAAUACGUCUGCGGACAAUUCGCAAAGGUCCUCCCUACAGAUAUUGCGGCAAAGCGGGAGUUCGUCGCCAAUCGCGGUCUCGCCACAGUUCAACGUAUUCGGGCAGAACCAGGCUCUAAAUUGGCAGAAUACAUUCAAAGUAUUAACAACUGCUACCCACCGGAGAUUGUUCAAUACUAUUCCCCACAGUAUGCCCAGACAUUCCUGGAAAAGAUAGAAAACUACCAUGUGCAGCAGGUUCAGCAGCACUAG